AUGUCUGUUCUUCGACAGAGGUCUCUGCUGGUUGCAGAGAAACCUCUUCAGAUGCCGCUUUUGAAGAAGGUCGCAGCUGUAGAUCUGUUUCCCAAGCCAAAAGAUGACUAUUCUCGUACUCAGACGUAUCGCGGUGCCCUGGUGAGCUUAGUUACCGUGAUUGUAAUUGGGUUGCUUGUUUUUUGGGAGGUUGGAUCUUACAUAAUGGGAAGAGAUGCAUACAAAACGGAACUAAGUGUUGAUACGAGUGUAGCGACAGAAGUGGACUUUAACCUGGACAUCACCUUCCCUAAAGUGCCCUGCCAUGAAAUUUCACUGGACGUACUAGAUGUUACGGGGACAUUUAAGUUUAAUGUCACACGUAACAUUUUAAAAACCCCUGUGGAUCAAAAGGGGAAUCCCGCUUUUUUUGGGUAUCGCCAAAGUGUUGGGCAACACGGUAUUACCCAUUACGAAGCCAAAGGUGAUCCUAACUCACCGAAGUUUUGUGGAAGGUGCCUAUUUGAUAAGGCUUAUGAAGAUAUUGGGAAUGAUCAAAAUCGUUGUUGUAACACCUGUGACGAAGUCAUGAAGGCACAUGACCAACACAAUUUACCAAGACCCCCGAAAGCUGAAGUUGAACAAUGCAUCUACGAGUUGUCGCGUGUCAAUCCAGGAUGUAAUUACAAGGGCACAUUGAGGUUGAGGAAAGUCAGUGGAAGGCUUUUCUUUGCACCAAAGCGAAUGGGUGGUGGAUUUCAAAUCGAUGAUGUUAUGCAUUUUGAUUCAAGUCAUAUCAUUAAUAAACUUACUAUUGGUGAUGAACGUGUUACCCGUUUUUCUCGUCGUGGUGUUCACUAUCCACUCAAUGGCCAUGCUUUUGAUGCCCAGAGGCGCUUUUCUGAAAUUCGAUACUUUUUAAAGGUGGUGCCAACGAUGUACCUUAGUUGGAAAAAUGUUGGUUUGAACGAAACCUAUGAGUAUGGUGUGCAGUGGGAUCAUCGCUUUAUACCCAUAGGAUUUGGACAACUUCCUUCAGUUUCUUUUGGGUUUGAGUUUCAGCCAAUCCAGGUGAAUAAUUACUUCAAGCGGCCAUCUUUUACCCAUUUUUUGGUGCAACUAUGCGGCAUUGUUGGUGGACUUUUUGUUGUUCUUGGUUCGAUCGACUCUCUUUUUACGUGGAUGGGAAACUUGUUCUGA